CGCAGGGAGGGGAAAGAACCCGAUAGGCACUUGGACACCGCUGGGCAGGAGGGUAAAGUCUUUCUCUUUGCUUGAGCGCCUUCGGAUGGGCUGUUCGUUUCCCCUUUCCCGUUUCAGGCGAGCAGCUGAGGCGGCGGCGGCGGCAAAGCGGUGGGUCCAGCCGAAAGCUUGGCGGCAGCAGCAGCCGGAGGAGGAGAGGCGAGUGGGAGCCGGCGGAGGAAAGAGCGAAGCGAGUGGGUGCAAGAACUUUGUUUAGAGGGCGAGGCUGCGGACUUCUCCGGGAGACGCUUUGAGGGGCUGCUGGAGAUCGAGGUUAGACGGCGCCUCGCCCAGGUCUCUUGGGAGUGGGUCGCCUGCGUAGCUCUUGCUCUCCGGGAGGAGGCGACAACAGCAAUAACAGCUGCCGACAGAAAUCUGAGUGCCGCCGGACGCGCCGGAGACUAGCCGAGCACGACCCGGGAUCCAUCCCUUCUCCCCGCGAGAGUCAGGCGAUGCUUCGAGGGGCCGCUCGACGGUGCCGCUGACUUAAGCGAGGCUUCGGAGAAGAGCAGCCGCGGGAGGGAGGGAAAGGAGGCGAACGCCCCGCCGCUUGCUGCUCUCCCUUACCCAAUUCUUGCUGCUGGAGAUGGUGCCCGCCCCAGGAUUAGUGUAAAGGCUUAUCUUCAGCCCCUCUUUUUUGUGGAGGUGAGCUGGGAGGACCUGCGCCAUCAACUCCGAGAACCGGCAGGCUCUGGCGUGGGACGCGUUGCUUAGUGCCGCGCCUAACCCCGUCGGUCCCCCUUUCUCUGUGGGAAGACAAUAAUCCUGUAAUCCCAACUCCGGAGUCUUCUCUAGCGGUGUAAGAAGAAAAAAUCGUGUGGAUAAUGUCAUCCUCAAGCAGAUUCAAAAAGGACAAAGAGAUCGUAGCCGAGUACGAAAGUCAAGUGAAAGAAAUUCGAGCUCAGCUAAUAGAACAACAGAAAUGUCUCGAGCAGCAGACUGAGAUGAGAGUGCAGCUUCUUCAAGACUUGCAAGAUUUCUUUCGUAAAAAGGCAGAAAUAGAAACGGAAUAUUCCCGAAAUCUAGAGAAGUUAGCUGAAAGGUUCAUGGCAAAAACAAGAAGUACUAAAGAUCAUCAACAGUACAAGAAAGACCAGAAUCUACUAUCUCCAGUAAAUUGUUGGUAUUUACUUCUCAACCAAGUGAGAAGAGAAAGCAAAGACCACGCAACCCUCAGCGAUAUCUACCUGAACAAUGUCAUCAUGCGUUUUAUGCAGAUAAGUGAAGAUUCCACCAGAAUGUUCAAGAAGAGCAAAGAAAUUGCAUUCCAGCUUCAUGAGGAUUUAAUGAGGGUUCUUAAUGAGCUUUACACGGUCAUGAAAACAUACCAUAUGUAUCAUACUGAGAGCAUCAGUGCAGAAAGUAAAUUGAAAGAGGCUGAAAAGCAAGAAGAAAAACAAAUUGGCAGGUCAGGAGAUCCUGUUUUUCACCUUCGACUGGAAGAAAGACACCAAAGACGGAGUUCAGUGAAGAAAAUUGAAAAAAUGAAAGAAAAACGUCAAGCAAAAUACUCUGAAAACAAACUGAAAUCUAUUAAAGCCAGAAAUGAGUAUCUGCUAACCCUUGAAGCAACGAAUGCUUCUGUUUUCAAAUAUUAUAUUCAUGACCUUUCAGACCUGAUUGAUUGUUGCGAUCUUGGAUAUCAUGCAAGCCUGAACAGAGCCUUAAGAACAUAUCUCUCUGCAGAAUAUAACCUUGAAACCUCACGACAUGAGGGCUUGGACAUCAUUGAAAGUGCUGUUGACAAUCUGGAGCCCCGAAGUGACAAGCAGAGAUUCAUGGAAAUGUAUCCAACAGCCUUUUGUCCCCCAAUGAAAUUUGAUUUCCAACCCCAUAUGGGUGAUGAGGUUUCUCAGGUCAGUGCUCAACAGCCAGUUCAAGGGGAACUCAUGCUAAGGUAUCAGCAACUUCAGUCUCGACUGACAACAUUGAAAAUUGAAAAUGAAGAGGUUAAGAAGACAACAGAAGCUACUUUACAGACAAUACAAGAUAUGGUCACCAUUGAAGACUAUGAUGUUUCUGAAUGUUUCCAGCACAGUCGCUCCACUGAGUCUGUGAAGUCAACAGUUUCUGAAACCUACUUGAGCAAGCCUAGCAUUGCUAAAAGAAGAGCUAACCAGCAGGAGACUGAACAGUUCUAUUUCAUGAAAUUCAGAGAGUACCUGGAAGGAAGCAAUCUUAUCACAAAGCUUCAGGCAAAACAUGAUUCACUGCAGCGGACUCUUGGAGAAGGUCACAGGGCAGAAUAUAUGACUACAAGCAGAGGACGAAGGAACUCACACACCAGACAUCAGGACUCAGGACAAGUAAUCCCCCUCAUUGUAGAAAGCUGUAUCCGAUUUAUCAAUUUGUAUGGUCUUCAACACCAGGGCAUUUUCAGGGUCUCGGGCUCUCAGGUGGAGGUCAAUGAUAUUAAAAAUUCAUUUGAGAGAGGUGAAAAUCCUUUGGCAGACGACCAAAGUAACCAUGAUAUUAACUCAGUUGCUGGAGUAUUGAAGCUCUAUUUCCGAGGGCUGGAGAAUCCUAUUUUUCCUAAGGAAAGAUUUAAUGAUCUUAUUUCUUGUGUCAGAACAGAAAAUCUCUAUGAGAGAGCUCUUCACAUACGUAAACUCUUGCUGACAUUGCCCAGAUCAGUCCUUAUAUUACUAAGAUAUCUCUUUGCCUUCCUCAAUCACCUUUCUCAGUACAGUGAUGAAAACAUGAUGGAUCCUUAUAAUCUGGCCAUUUGUUUUGGCCCAACAUUAAUGCCCAUUCCAGAUAUACAAGAACAAGUGUCAUGCCAGGCUCAUGUAAAUGAAAUAAUCAAAACCAUUAUCAUUCACCAGGAGAUCAUUUUCCCAGAUACCAAGGAACUAGAUGGCCCAGUAUAUGAAAAGUGUAUGGCAGGUGAUGACUACUGUGACAGCCCUUAUAGUGAACAUGGUACCUUAGAAGAAGUGGAUCUGGAUGCUGGGACAGAAGUACAAACCAGUGAUGAUGAAUGUGAUCCAAUAGAAGCUAUAGCCAAGUUUGACUAUGUUGGAAGAUCUGCACGAGAACUCUCUUUUAAGAAAGGAGCCUCACUGCUUUUAUAUCAUCGAGCUUCUGAUGAUUGGUGGGAAGGAAGACAUAAUGGAAUUGAUGGCCUUGUACCCCACCAAUAUAUAGUGGUUCAAGAUAUGGAUGAUACAUUCUCGGAUACACUGAGCCAAAAAGCAGAUAGUGAAACCAGCAGUGGGCCAAUACUCGAAGACAAAUCUUCUUCCAAAGAUAUGAGUUCACCAACAGAUUGUAAUCCUGAUGUAUAUUUAGGAAGGCAGCGCAAGAGAUCUGAACUCCCACUUUCUGGCAGACGUCCUGGCAGGACCAGCGAUGGACACUGCCCGGUACACCCACCACAUGGCCUUGCCAAUUCCACACUGGAAUUAGUUUCCUCCAGUAUGGCAAGUCACAAUACUUCUCGAGCUGCCCUUCAGAACCACAGCCUCACGACAGAUAGCCCAGAAAGGAGACGGAAACCUGGCCACAGCAGCCUCACCAAUAUUAGCAGACACGAAUCGCUGAAAAAAAGUGACAGCCCUCCAAUUAGAAGAUCAACCUCAUCUGGCCAGUACCCAGUUUUCAAUGACCACAAACCACUUGACCCCGAGUCAAUUGCUCAGGAUAUUGAGGAAACAAUGAAUACGGCUCUAAAUGAACUCCGGGAACUGGAACGCCAGAGUUCUGCAAAACAUGCUCCAGAUGUUGUCCUUGAUACCUUGGAACAAGUGAAGAAUCCUCCCACCAGCACCAGCUCAACAGAAUCCUUGAGCCCUCUUCACAACAUCACGUUAAGAAGGGCUGAACCUCAGAUUCGUCGUAGCACUAGUUCUUCCAGUGAUACUAUGAGUACCUUCAAGCCCAUGGUAACACCAAGAAUGGGGGUGCAGCUGAAGCCACCUGCACUGAGACCAAAGCCAGUCGUUCUUCCAAAAACAAACCCAAGCAUAGGCCCCUCUUCUCCUUCCCAAGGCCCAGCUGACAAGUCUUGCACGAUGUAAAAAACAAGAAGCCAAGUGUGGAGUGAGCUACUGAAAGAAUGGAUCGGUGAUAGUUGUCUGAAUUCCAGUGUACUAUUAGUUUAUAUUUAGAAAAGGAGAGGCUUGUUUUUUAAAUGUUAAAGUCUCAAGCUACCUACUUUAACAUGGGUAUUUAAUAGGUGUUGGGUUCAAUUUUUAAACUGGAGCAGUGUCCUCAUUUGCAAUAUAUGCUUAACACAGUCAGUUAAAGACCCAGUGGGUGCAUUUGUACAACAUGCUGAGCUUGGUUAGAUUGGGUUGGGGGAGUAUAGUUUAGCACAUUGCACAAACCCAGUCUAUUUAGUUAGUUAAUGAUCCAAUGGAAAGGCAUAAAAUCACAUGUGUUGUGUAUGCCAUUUUAAAGCAGCAGGGAUACACACUUUUACUUGAAACCUCCACACUGCACCUUUUCUAAUGAAAGCACCACAAGUCACUGCCAGCCUCCCACUAAUUUAAUCAUGACUGUAGUUUUAAGACUUCACAAAGAAUUGUGGUUAUUUGAAAUGAAUUUGUUAAUAAAUAGGGCUUAUUUUUA